AUGAAUUUUGUUUUCAAAGCCAGUCGAGGCUCGUUUGAGAAAUUUAGGCACAGAACAGGCAUCCACUGCGUCACAAGGCACGGGGAGGCAGCGAGUUCUGACAAGGCAGGGGCCGAGAAGUUCGUACAAGAAUUCAGACAAAUCAUAGAAGGAGGUUACAUACCGCAACAGGUUUUUAACGCGGAUGAGACAGGACUGUUUUGGAAGAAGCUGCCGAAUAAAACGUACAUUACGAAGGAGGAGAAAGCACUGCCAGGGCACAAGCCUAUGAAAGAUAGGGUAACUCUUCUAUUGUGCAGUAACGCCAGUGGGGAUUUGAAGCUGAAGCCGCUGUUAGUCUACCAUUCAGACAAUCCAAGAGUAUUUAAGAAGAACAAUGUAAUAAAACAGAAAUUGCCUGUUAUGUGGAGGUCUAAUUCUAAGGCCUGGGUGACCCGCCAAUUUUUUGUUGAGUGGGUGACCAAAGUUUUUGCCCCGACUGUGAAAGAAUACCUACAGAAGAACAACUUACCCCUCAAAUGCCUUCUCCUGCUGGAUAAUGCUCCAGCACAUCCUCCAAAUCUCAACGAGUAUUUAGAAGGCGAGUUCGAUUUUGUUCAUGUGCGCUAUCUGCCACCAAACACAACCCCUUUGCUGCAUUCUAUGGAUCAACAGGUCAUUUCAAACUUCAAAAAACUGUACACGAAAGCCUUAUUCAAAAAGUGCUUCGAUGUAAGGAAUGAUACCAACUUAACUCUCAAGGACUUCAUUUCCACGUUUUGA